GAGGAAGCUGGACGUCUAGGCACCACCUAGUCCGUCCCGCCUGGGGACGUCCAGGUGAAUUGGAGUGGGAUGAGGCUGGCCAGUUCAGUUAACGGCCACUCGGCCGUUCACCCCGUAGGCGCUAGGGUGUUUAUGGUGAACUGGGGUUGUGGAUCUCCCUGACCGCCGGACUGCGGGGGUUCAUCUCCGACUCCACCCCAUCAUGUGGUCGUUCGGGCCCCGCCUCUGCCCCAGUUCCUGUUUCAGUUUCUGGCGUCCCGCUUCGGCUCCUCCCAGAGCCCGGCUCUGCCCCGCAUCCCGCCCCGCCGGGGAUGGGUCCCUGUUGCUCAGGCCGGCCCUUCCGGGGCCCUGGAGGCUCCAGGACCUUUCGGUGACUGCCGGCGCACCGGGUGCAGCCGACCCUAGAAUGAAGGGCGGCGAGGGGGACGCGGGCGAACAGGCCCCGCUGAACCCGGAGGUGGAUAGCCCGGUGGGCUCGGCUACGUACCGGGAGUUCGUGCACCGCGGCUACCUGGACCUCAUGGGGGCCAGCCAGCACUCCCUGCGGGCGCUCAGCUGGCGCCGCCUCUACCUCAGCCGGGCCAAGCUCAAAGCCUCCAGCCGUACGUCUGCGCUGCUGUCGGGCUUCGCCAUGGUGGCAAUGGUGGAGGUACAGCUGGAGAGUGAUCACGAAUACCCACCAGGCCUGCUAGUGGCCUUUAGUGCCUGUACCACCGUGUUGGUAGCUGUGCACCUCUUUGCACUCAUGGUCUCCACAUGUCUGCUGCCCCACAUUGAAGCCGUGAGCAACAUCCACAACCUAAACUCUGUCCACCAGUCACCACACCAGCGACUCCAUCGCUAUGUGGAGCUGGCAUGGGGCUUCUCCACUGCCUUGGGCACCUUUCUCUUCCUGGCUGAAGUUGUUCUUGUUGGUUGGGUCAAGUUUGUGCCCAUUGGGGCUCCCAUGGACACACGGGCCCCUGUAUCCCAGGUGCCACCAGUAACCACCUCCCUUAGUCCAGCCUCCAAACUCCCACCAUCCUCUGCUUCUGUAGCCCCAUCACAGCAGCCUUCCAAGCCCUGCCCACCCCAGGAAGUUUGUGGUGGUGGUGCCCAUGGGCCAGGUUGGCAGGCAGCUAUGGCCUCCACAGCAAUCAUGGUACCUGUGGGACUUGUGUUUAUGGCCUUUGCCCUACAUUUCUACCGAUCCUUGGUGGCCCACAAGACAGACCGCCACAAGCAGGAGCUUGAGGAACUGAGUCGCCUGCAGGGAGAGCUGCAAGCUGUGUGAGCCUGGCUUUAUCCUGAAAGCACUGCCUCCCUACAUCUGCAAGAGACCCCAGGGAUCUACAGACCUCAUUCCCUGCCCCAGGCUGGGGCCACUUCCUGUAGCCACUCAGGUAGAGACCAGAGUCCCACAUUCCCAGAGAUGUUCCCUAUCAGUGUGUCCCAAUGGGUUUUGUAAGCUCCAUUCUGCUUGGCUGGAGGAAUGGGAGGAAGUGGAACAUCUAAGGAUCCUGGGCUAGGUGAGAAGCAAGGAGGCCCAGGUGGGAUCUUUGGUGCUGACCAGCUGCUUGCUCCUCUGUGGGUUGUGGCGGUCAGGUCACAUGCCUGCACAGCUAUCCCCAAAGGCAGUCAACCCUUGCUUCAUUUACGUAUAAUCAAUUUUAUCAUUGGCAUCUUGAGGGAGAUUUUACCUGUCAUGAUUUUGAUGGGCUCCACAUUCCCACUUUGGCUGCUGUUUGUACAACAGGCAGAGCUCAGAAUAUCUAGGAGCCACUCCCCACUUGGUGACCUGUCAGUGUGCCCGCUCCACUGCUCUAGGUGCAUAUGUAUGUAUCUUAUCCGGUUCUCACUGUCCUUGGCUGAGCUGGGGGAAGAGGAGAGUCAGAAGACUUGGGGACUGUGCAGCUAGUGAGACUCCUUAGCAAGGGUUGGGUGAGGGGAUUUUAAGGGAGAAAAUUCAGCCCUUUGAAUGCAGAGCUCUUCUGACACCAAACUUUUUGAUGCACUUUGUUUUGUAUAAUAAAUUGUGUUUCACAUA